UGACGCGUCGCGCUGAGUAAUACCUUGGCUCCAUGCCAUUAUUCAAAUAAUGACGCGUCAAAGUUGCCUACGCUUAUGGGCUACGUGGCAUGCCACAAGUGUUUGGCAACUGGAGUUUAUUAUUCGGUGAUAUAGUGUAGUGAUGACUGUGAUCGAUAAUAUACCCUCUCUUGUCCUUCACAGCACUGUGCGUAAUAAUGUGGCCAAUUUGAUCACUGUGCGCUAAAGCGCAUGUGCCAUGCUCAACCGCCGUCUCUCUCUGCUUUGUGUGUGUGUGUGUGUGUGUUGUCAGAGACAGUGCCUGUCAUUUCCUUGAUACGCUCAUUGGUGUGUUCCUAUAACGUGUCACAACUUUUGGUGGAUUACCCCAGUUCUGUGGAGCAUCAUUAGGUGUUGAAUUACCACUCACGCUCUCUCAUCCUUGUCUUCGAGGUAUCCACCUGCAGGAACAAGGUCCCUCUGACUGGAACAGUUCAGGAACUGAAUGAAUGCAAAUAGAUCAACAUCCAAAGCAACUCGGGGAACAACUUUUUCAAACAUGCUCUCUUUAAUAUUAUCGGAUCUUAAACUUGCGCCUGCUUCUAAAAUACAUAGUAUCCAUGUGUCUAGAGAGCCCACCAACAUGCUAUUUUCUUCUUCCACAUUUCUAAUGUUUUCAUUGAUGACGUCUCUGCUGGUGAAGGGACUGGAGACUGCGACCACCGCAGGGACCACGUCUGGCUGCGCGUCUUGUGGCAUUCCGCCGAUGGAGAAGAAUUCGGAGCAGAGGCUCCUGGUUGAGAUCGCCAAGCAACAGAUCUUGAACAAGCUGCACCUGAAAGAGAGACCGAACAUCACCUCGACUGUGCCCAGCGCUGCGCUUAUCACGGCUCUCCGCAAACUGCACGCGGGGCGAGUCAGACCGGACGGCACCAUUGAACUUGAAAUGAAGAUCAAUGAUACAAAAGAUCAGGGAUAUGAAAUAGUGAGUUUCGCAGAAAUGGAUGAGAUGGACACUACUGGUGCUCAGCCACGCCUCACCUUCCAGUUCCUGCAGGAGCAAGGCCACAGCAUUCAGGUGCUCCAGUCAGCCCUGUGGCUGUACGUCCGCUCCUCUGACGCCCCUAACUCGGGGCCCCGCCCCACCGUCACAGCCCACAUCUACCUCUCCGGGCCUGGGGAAAGCUGCUCUAACCGCACCCUCCUCCUAGAGAAGAUCCUGGAUGUGCAGAAGAGCAACUGGUACACCUUCCCCAUUACACACACCCUGCAAGCGUUCAUGGACGGGGGCCAGCGGCUGCUACAGCUGGAAGUCACCUGCGCAGAGACUGGGGUAGCCGGGGAGAAUGGCGUUAGCCAGAACCUGUGUGAGCUGGGUAAGACCGUGGACAUGGUCCACCAGCCGUUCAUGGUGGCCCAGGUGCGGCUCCGCGAGGACCCCAAACACAUCCUCCAGAAGAGGUCCCUGCAGUGCGGAGAUGAUGUUACAGUCUGCUGCAAGAAGGACUUCUACGUGAAGUUCAAGGAUAUCCAGUGGCAGGACUGGAUAAUAGCUCCAGAAGGGUACCACAUGAAUUACUGUAUGGGCCAGUGUCCCCAGGCCCUGGCUGGGUCUCCAGGCAUCGCGUCUUCCUUCCACGCUACAGUCUUCAGCCAGCUCAAAGCCAAUGGCAUCAAUACAGCAGUGUCUUCCUGCUGUGUGCCCAUCCAGCGCAGGCCUCUGUCUAUGGUCUACUUCAACUCACAGCACAGCAUCGUCAAGACCGACGUCCCUGACAUGAUCGUAGAGUCCUGCGGCUGUACGUAAAGAAAUGGAAGAAAGAGAAAGACGAGACAUUCAGCUAGUUAUGCUUUUAGUCUGAGAAGACUAGAUUGAACGUGUCACACAUGCACAGACAGAUGCAAACACAUACAUACAUACAUACUUCACGAUCAUGUAGUAUAGAAUUUAAGAUAUUCCGUCUUCAUCAAUUCGAUAGAGGGUUUUUGAAUGCCAAUGGGGAAUAGUACUGAGUGCUCAAAGGGGUUUGUUCAGUCAAUUGGUCAUACACAGAUAGCACAUGACAGAAAGAGGAGAGAGAUUCAUGUAUCGCCUUCAUUCCUUUUUUAAUUUACUGUAAAACUAUGAGCUGUUAUUAUUGUAUUUACUUUUAUACUUUGUUUUUUUUUGUAUUACUGGUGAGCGUGAGGUGAGCUAAGACAGUAAGAUUUAUGCAGUCAGUGCCUGGACCUAAGGGAAAUGGAGUAGAGCUUACUCUUUUUCUUUGUUUCUAAUAAGAUGUGUGUUGCAUUGACAAUUUCCACACAUAUCCCACGUACAUAUCCGACUGAGAAUGCCCAUCAUAAUAUAGUGCCAUUGUAUACACUAGUAUACAAAUCUUAAGUUGAAAGUUGUCUAACUCCUUCUAGUCCAUUACAAGUAUAGUUACAUACAUUGUAGAGCAUUUUGGACUUCCCCACUGUUUUGUAAUUUAGAAGGCAAAUUGGGUGUUCUGAUUCUGAAUUCUAAACUGUCUUGAGAGCCAUAGAGGAGCUACGUUCUAGAGACUCAUGCAAUUCUGAUGAUUUAUACAACACAAGACAGCAGUAAAAGCUUUUAAAAAAUCUCACUCCUGGGAAACCACCCAGACAGGAGCAGAUAUCUGAUGUGGAUAGGUUAAAAAUGGUUUCAUCAGCAUCUGCACUGUAUUAUUUGUUCAGAUAGUCAGUUAGGCAACAGUCUGGCUUUGACGGCAUGAACUCAAGGUUAUUACUCAGCUGUACAAGCAAACAUUUAGCUAUUGCCACAGUGUCAGGGAACGUGAAGGUCCAUGAAGCACACAGGUCAACAAGCAUGUGCAUGUUCCAAGGCACAUUGUAGUUUGCAUUUUCCAAAAUCUAAAGUUUAGGGCUGAUGUAAAUUAGAUUAAUCCAUUCAAGAAAAUGAAGUAUCUAUCUUUGUUUUCGUGCUAUAAUGUUUACACUAAAUGGGUAUAAUGUGUGUUUAUGAUAAGUUUAAAGCUGAAACCUCUUUGCUGCUUUGUUACUGGUGUGCAUCUUGCGUGUGGUUGGCAGUAACCGUGUAUACUGUACUGUAGACUUUCCUACCCUACCCUGGACUAUGGUUCAAAAGUCCCCAUAUUGCAUUGCAGUAUGAUAUGCUAGCAUGGCCCUCAGGAUCCUAUAGCAAACACAUCCUGGUUACCUUGCUCUUUAGAACAUUAGAAUAAUAGAACAUUAUAUUGUUUUUCUGCAAGCACUUCCUGUCCUAGAGCUUAAUGUAUGUCACAUUGAGGAGCCAUCCUUCCAUAGGGAACAUGUACUGCAGUCUGGAAUGUACCAUGAUGAUAACUAAUACCGUUGAUUGUGAGACCAAAAAGUGAAAGUUUUUCCAAACAGAAAGCGUCAUAACUUUCAUGAUUGGCAAUGAUUUCUUCAUGAGCACUUUAUCGGCUUACUGUAUAUUUAUGAGAUUCUGCAACGGGUUGUUCUCUACUGCCAUUUCCUAUUUUUGGUACUCAGUCACUGCAUGUUUAGAACAAGGAUACUGGCCAAAAUAUUGUUAUCGGGUUAUUUUCGUAAGCCCUUGCUUUAUGUACAGUAUGUAUGGCCCUUGAAAUAACUUCAUAUUGAAUCUGUUGUAAACAGAAUUUCUCUAUACUGUAACUGGAUAAUGACACCAGCAUUUUGAUUGAAUAUCAAUUCCAGUAGAUUCUAUUGUCUUUUUAUAUUACAUGAUAUUUUGAAUAAUUUGUAUUAAUAAACUUUAUUUUUUUAUGUGUCUAUUGUACUGUAUUCCAUAAUUCUAUUGAAAAUGUAUUUUA